UAGAUGCGGUUUGACGCAGGAAAAAAAGUCUCAAACCUAGUGAUUGUGGUACAAGCCUGGUACAAACCUAGGUACAAACUUUGAAUAAAUCAAAGAUCGGAAGUUUCCUCUCCGAACACGUAUUACAAGAUACCGUUUUCUUCAAAAUUUCAUGUAAAACUAAAUUAGGGUGACGAGACAGAUGAAGUGCUGACGAUAAGAUACGUCUAUAAUGCAGUGAUUAUUUUCAAUUACACAUACGAGAUCAACAUGCGCGCCGCAGUAGCUCUUCCUUCCCUGUUUUUCCACUUCUUGUGUAUACAGGCAAGUAAAUCCAAUCAGUACUAUCCCGAGGAAUUACAAAUUUUCUCCAACCCGAAAACCUUGGGUAAGCACAUUUUGGCACAGCUAGAUAAGAGAGAGAGUAGAUUUUUGUCUACGACGUGCUUUGAUCAGUUACUCGAGUAUGGACGUGGACUCCUCGGUUUCCAAUUCUGGGCGAUUCAACUAUUCGACUCUAGCGAGAAAUUGCCCUCUGGACUGCUCAAGGGGCACGGAGGGGCGUUGGGAUCGUUCGAUCAAUGCUUGGAGGUGAGCGGAAAUACGUCGGUGGGUACAAUUAACGGAAAGUACUGCAUUGGGAGCAUCGAACUGGCAGACCUCGAGCAGGCGAACCUUAUGUUGUCCGGGUCGUUCAAGCCAAGGUUCCUCAACAUACCAAAGAAGAAAGUUAUACUGCCAUGGGGCGUUUGUCUACCCGCUGGCUGUGGUGUAGACGACUUUCGGGUAGUGACACUAUUUAUAUUCAAGUACUCCGAGGACAUGUGUCAAACGGCCGAGUCUCAAGCUUCAACCCUUGACAAUGGCGACUACGUGGCAAUCGCCAUCUUGAGUGCGUUCCUACUACUUCUAAUCGUUAGCACUGUCUUUGAGAAGAUAAAGCAUCCAGAUACACGUUUAAAAGAAGCGUGUAGCUCGUUUUCCAUUGCACUGAACUACAAAAAGCUAAUGUCUCAGGAGGUUGAGGAAAACGAAAUUAGUUGCCUUAAUGGUAUCCGUGCUAUCACAAUGAUUUUUAUGAUACCUGCUAUGCGAUUCCUAAUGUAUCCACUGUCACCCAAUGACAACUGGCUCGAUUUGUUGAAGUUUAUUACAGAUACAAACAAUGCAGUCUUUUUGGAAGCAUUCAUCUGCGUCGACACCUUCUUGGUGGUUUCAGGAACAUUGGUCAGCUACAACUUUUUAUCGAGAAGACAUCAAGGGGCAAAGUUCAACUUAGCUUUCUACAUUUUAAACAGAAUUGCGAGGUUGACCCCAGUACUUGCCUUUGUUGUUCUAAUACAAACCACAUUGAUGAGACACUAUGGCUCGGGACCAUUUUGGCCUUUGGUGAAAAGCCUUUUCGUUGUGGACUCCUGUAGGGAUUACUGGUGGACAACGUUGCUGAACAUUCAAAACUAUUAUAACCCAGGAUUUACGUCAGUUUGUGUGGUAUCAAGUUGGUUUACUGCCGUAAACGUGCAACUUUCCUUACUAUCAUUUUUGUUGCUGUGGCCGUUGGCGAAAGUUCCCAAAUACACCAUUGGAUUCGUAAGCGCCCUGCUGGUAGGCUCAAUGUGCUCCGCAUUUCUCACUUCUUGGGUUUACGAUGUUAAAUCAAUUUUCCUCUUGAAUAUAUUCCCGCCGCAUUUGGAUAAGUAUUUAAAACAUAUCUUUUACUCGAUGCACAACCGUGCUUCCACUUUCAUCAUCGGAUUUCUUCUGGGAUACGUCUUAUACGAAAGCAAGCGGCCGAAACACGCCAAAACUGUCCUAAAGAUAUUUAAGCCCUUGGUGAUAGCAAGUCUGUGGGUGUUAGCGCUCGGAUUAAUAGCGCUCUGCCUAUUUGUAAGUCAAGCAUUUAUCAAGCUGGACUACUAUUGGGUCCACCACACCUUGCAAAAUACGUUUACGCGACCCCUUUGGGCAAUUGCGGUCGCGUGGAUCAUCUUCGCAUGCGUGCACGGCUACGCAGGUCCAGUGAAUAGCAUUUUAUCGUAUUCGGGUUUCCGAAUUUUAUCGAGAAUCUUGUACAGUACUUUACUUAUCAAUUUUACCGUAGCGAUUAUACUCUCGGGACAAACCAGAAAAGGAUUUCAUUUCUCCGCAUCUGAUGCCAUUUCCAGAUUGUGGGGUGAUUUAAUUUGGACAUUUAUAUUGGGAUUACUGCUAACUUUACUCGUCGAGUAUCCAUGGAGAACCCUGGUCAGGGUUAUUGGAAAGUGGUGUGGCGUUUCAGGAGGAGGUUGUGAGGACAGUGGCACAAGACAUGAAGGUGGGAAGGUGGAAUAAAUGUGGUUACCCUCUCGCUUGUACUAAUUAAGUCUAACCUAAGGCAGUGUUAAAUACAGUCAAUUAAACAAACCCCAAUUU